CAGUCGUGACUUUUUUUACUCUGUCGUAAGACUAAAAAGUCACAAGAACAAUCAACCAAAAACUUCAGUGAAAAAUCGAAAUUUUAUAAGUGAAAACUUUGAUUGAAUAAAUAUUAUAGUCAAUGAUCAUGAAUGUGAUUACAAAGUCUGGUAAUUUGGCACCAUAUUUGCGUGGUGCAACGCAAGUUGUUACCAGCAAUGUUAAAUUCACGGCACCAGUGAAUACAUCACCUGAACUGUGUGUUGCAAAUUCAUUUGAUAUCUCCAAAACUCUAUCAAAUAAUUCGCUUGCCGCUCAAAAUUCGGUCGUUGGUGCUAAAAAUCAAGUGCGACUUUACUCAACCUCUCAUCGUGAUGUGAAAGUACCAUCGUUUGAUGCUUACCGAUGGAGUCACAAAAAGGACCCAACUCGUGCCACCGACAACGAGAAGCAAAUGACUUACCAUUAUCUUGUCACUGGAGGAAUGUGGGCAGCUGGAUUGUACAGCACCAAGGGUACAGUGCGUUCACUUUGCGAAUAUAUGGGAGCUGCUCGUGAUGCUCUCAGUAUGGGAACAAUUGAAGUUAAAUUGGGUGACAUCCCCGAAGGAAAAUCAGUCACAUUUACAUGGCGUGGUAAACCAUUGUUUAUUCGUCAUCGUGUUGACACCGAAAUCGCAAAGGAAGGAGCCGUACCAUUGAGCGAAUUGAGAGAUCCACAAACUGAUUCAGAACGUGUGAAAGAUCCAAAAUGGUUGAUUGUUGUCGGUGUAUGUACUCACUUGGGAUGCGUACCAAUUGCCAAUGCUGGUGAUUUCGGUGGAUACUAUUGCCCGUGCCACGGUUCCCAUUACGAUGCAUCAGGUCGUAUUCGUAAAGGUCCAGCUCCACUCAAUCUAGAAGUACCAGAAUACACAUUCAAAGAUGAUGUUGUUCUUGUCGGUUAAACAUACAAUGUGAAUUUUAUUAAUAACCAAAACAAAAUGAUAAACUAAUUUACCAUUUGCUGAGUUUGUCCCUGAACUUAAAGGAAAAAAAUAUCUAAAUAAAUUGUAUAGA